AUGCCUGUCCACAAAGGUGAACUCAUACUUCCAGUGGAAAGCAAAUGGACUGUUACAGUAACCAUCGGCUGCUUUUAUGAACGCUGUGUUGUUGAUGCUGCCUUAAUUUUCUUUGGGAAAGGUGAACUCAUACUUCCAGUGGAAAGCAAAUGGACUGUUACAGUAACCAUCGGCUGCUUUUAUGAACGCUGUGUUGUUGAUGCUGCCUUAAUUUUCUUUGGGAAAGGUAUUUCUGCAUUUGUAGACGUUUGGUCAUUUAACAGAACAGAAAAUUACUCAAAAACCUUUGAGCAGCAACUUCUUGAUAUGGGAGCAAAAGUUUCAAAAACUUUGAACAAGCAUGUGACUCAUGUAGUCUUCAAAGAUGGACACUUGGCUACAUGGAGAAAAGCACAGAAGAUGGGUGUAAAAAUGGUUUCUGUACUCUGGGUGGAGAAGUGUCGAGAAACUGGAGUACGUGUUGAUGAAUCCUUGUUUCCUGCAGUAGAUGCUAAUGAAGGAUUACCACUGCUGCUCAAAAAGCACAAGUGUAUGCAGCCAAAAGACUUUGUUGAAAAAACUCCAGAAAAUGAUAGAAAGCUACAGAGAAGACUGGACCAAAUGGCUAAACAAUUAGCUGUACAAAAGGUAGCAAUUAAUGCUGAAACUGAUGUGCCAGUUUUACUAUUUGAAGACAAUGGUUCGCUUGUGUAUAGCCCCGUUAAUAAGAUAAAAGAUCAAUGCAGUGCAAUGGAAAAAAGAAUAAAGGAAAUGAAGGAAAAAAGGGAAAAUCUUUCUCCUGCUGCUUUGGAAAUGUCUCAGAUACUUCCCAGUAGUUUACCAGAAAACUGCCUGCUGUCUACUCAUGUCUUAACUAAUUCAGAAGAUGCAUUGUCACCAGGAGAACAAAUGGAAGACUGCUUGAACUCAAGUUAUUGUCUUUGGGGAACUGAUAAAUUAAAGAGACACAAAACUGAGGUAGUAAAGCAGGCCUGUGAUGCUCGGAGUGAUACUCCUGUAUCCGUGAGUGCAUUAGGGAAUUCUCCCUCUCCUAGCUGUGACCAGGAGACCUUAACGCCAAAACAACAUAGCAGAAGAAAUCUAGGUGAUGAAAAUGAAGUUUCAGAGUGUCAUGUUACUGAUGUCUCUUGCAAAGUUUUUAAUGAACAAAAGAAUAAACACAAUGAAGUUUUAAGAAAAACUAGAAGACUCCAAAAGCCAACAAGGACACUAGUUAUGACAAGUAUGUCUUCUGAGAAACAAAGUACAGUAAUUCAGGUGGUGAAUAAGCUUGGAGACUUUUUGUUCUCAGAUGAUGUAUGUGAAACAACAAGUCAUGUAGUGACAGGGAGUCCUCGUCGCACCUUGAAUGUUAUGCUGGGAAUUGCUCGUGGGUGUUGGAUUGUUUCUUAUGAAUGGGUUCUGUGGUCUUUGGAAUUGGGCCAUUGGAUCUCAGAGGAGCCAUAUGAGCUUUCAUCCACCUUCCCUGCAGCUCCUAUCUGCAGACUUCAGCGUCACCUAUCAACAGGAAAAUACCAGCAGAAUCUUUUUUCAAACCAGCCUGUGAUGUUUGUAUCCCCAACCAGUCAGCCACCCUGCAAGAAGCUAACUGAACUUAUCCAACUGUCAGGAGGGAAAAUAUGUAAAACCUUACGUCAGGCAAAAAUCUGUAUAGGAAAACAACCAGGAAAGAAGUACCAGGAAAUAAAAUGUUUAUCAGAAAAAUGGAUAUUAGAUUCAAUCAGUCAGCAUACAAUAUGUCCCAUGGAAGACUACAUUUUUCAGCUGUGA